UCGGCUAAAACUGUUUUUUUCCUAAAAAAAUCGACAUUCGAAGUUUUAUAAUAUCUUAUCGCUAAAGUUACACAUAAAGACGGGUGUUUUUUUAGGAAAACUUGAGUUUAAGCAGAUAUAACAAAACACGUGUACAUUAUUUUUUCCUGUUCUCAAACAUAUACUCAAACAAGCCAUUAACUAGCAAGUUGCUUGAGCAUCACUUUCUAUAGGAGUUAGAAGAUUUAGUAACUUUUUAGUACUUUGGAGGACAAUUUCUCCCAAUAGGUUGAGUUUGGGCAGCUAAAAAAAAAUACGUGUCCGUUAUUUUAGACUACUCUAUAACAUAUAUAAAUAUAAAUCAAAUCGGAACCGGACAGUUGGGUACCUUUCCUUGUAAGGUGUAGAGUUUGUGAAGUUAGGGCUUGUAUAGUUAGAAGCUUGGCUUUACAAGAGAUCUAAUAACUUUUUUACAGUGCGAGCCUAUGGUUUCGUCUUGGCAAAAUUUUACAUUUUUUGUUGGGUAACAGCUUUAGGAUACUGUUGGGGCUGCCGCGCUAUUGCAGUGCAUCGAUGAUGUUUCGCGGAAGAUGUACAGACGGCUUCCAUGCCAUAAUGCGCAAGCGCAUUGCGUCCUUGGCGAGGCGCCUGCGCGGCAGCCCCAAUAGCCUCCUUCAGACGGUGGCAGCGCAGCGCGUAGACGGCCCAUCCCAAACAGGGCAUCUAACUGACUGGAAUUUAUUACUUUUAUUUUAUUCGUAAUUUUUUUUAUUUUUACGUGUUAUUGAUUGUAAUUUAAAUGUAUUUUCAGUGCAAUGAUUUUUUUCUAAUUUUGUAAACAAUUUUUUAAUUGAGUUAUGGAUCGCAUGUAUCUGAAAUAAAUGAAUUUAUUUAUUUAUUAUUAUACUUUUUCUCUCCAUCUAUACCUACGUAAGUGUAUGAGCUGCAUUUGUGGCAUUCAGCUAGCAGCUCGGAGAUAAUGCCAGUUUAUUCACACUUUUCAAUAUAUUUCUGCCGUAAAAAAGACUGAUCCGCAAAGCUAACUUAUGAAACUUAAGUCCUUCUUACGUAAACGAUUAAAGUAAUCACAAGCAGUACGCCCGUGCGUCAUGCUACCAGAAUUAGAUCAGUCGGGUUAGCUAAGGUCAACGCAAUUAGUACUUAAUUGGCCAAAGGGGGUCCAUUAAACCAACUUUUACGAACGUCAUAUCAUAAUCUUAAAUUCAGUUUAAAUUGUGCGUUAUUUGAACAGUGACGUGGAUUGUGGUAAUGUUUGUUUGAAAUAGACUUUGCUGUUGUGCAAGUUUUUAGUGGGAUUUGGACGAAAUUGCGGUGCUCUAGAAUGGAAUACAGAAUAAAAUCAGACAAAUUCUUAAACAUUCGACGUUUAUUGUAAACAGAUUCAUAGAUAGGUAGAUAAUAUACAAAAUGUAUAGUGUAAAGUGUAUUGAAAGAACUUGGAUUGCUUUCCUCCUGCUGUUUGUGUCAACGCCGACGGCCACACAGAACACCGUCUUAACAGCUGGAAGCUCACAACCCGCGAUGUCGAGCAAGGUGGUGACCGUGCCAGCGGUGGUAGGUGGCGAAGCGGAUCUUCCCUGCGACUCUCGCCCACCAAUACGGAACGAUAGUCUGCUACUAGUGGUUUGGUAUCGCGAUGACAAUCCCGUUUACAGUUUCGACACACGAGCAACAGAUGAUUCGGGCCAUUGGGUGGAAGAUGCGUUCAAAAACCGAGCUCGGUGGAACAGCCUGCCGUCUGCCUUACGCAUCCACAAUGUACAGGCAAAGGAUCGCGCCGUGUAUCGGUGUAGAGUCGACUACCAAAUUUCGCCAACAAGAAACUUUAUAAUUUCCCUAGACGUUGUCGAGCUACCCAAUAAGCCGGUGAUCUUUGACGAAUUUGGCAAACAGAUAUCCGGGAUCGCGGGCCCCUAUAAUGAAGGGGGAGAUUUCAGGCUUAAUUGCACAGUGAACAGGGGUAACCCUACACCUAAAAUUCAAUGGCUUCAAGGUGAUAUAGUUCUUGAAACAUUGGACCCCGGAGUUGUUCAAGCAGGCCAAGUGAGGACGUUGGACCUGGUUGUCAAAAAUGUUACGCGUGCGCAUUUGUUGACAGUAUACACUUGUACAGCCGACAACACUCUUUUGUCGAAGCCUCAAACUACGUCUGUGAAAGUCGACGUUUAUUUAAGACCACUUACAGUGGAGAUUUUGUCUCGAGAGCAUCCACUGUCAGUCGGCAGAAUGACAGAGCUGUCAUGCAAGUCCACAGGAGCCAGGCCACCGGCCAAGGUCACGUGGUGGCUUGGAGGUCGGCAGUUGAACUCCGUAACAAAACAAACGGAAUCUGAAGAUGGCAAUGAAACACAGUCAUUGCUACGUUGGACGCCCUUGAAAGAACACAAUGGGCAAGUUUUGAUAUGUCGCGCUGAACACCCUAUGUUUAACUACUCGGCCAUCGAAAGCAAGCUACCGCUGAGUAUUUACUAUGUGCCUGUGGCGACUAUACAUCUCGGUGCCAAGAUGAACCCAAACGACAUAGAGGAGGGGGACGAUGUCUACUUCGGGUGCGAGGUCGACGCAAAUCCGCCGGCUUAUAAAGUGGUGUGGGAACACGACGGAACGUUGCUACAACACAACGCAGCAAGCGGAGUCAUAACGCACAACACCAACCUUGCGCUCCGCAACGUGUCCCGACACCAGGCCGGCAAGUACACUUGCACCGCAUCGAACGUCGAAGGCGACGGCAAGUCGCCGGUACUACGUAUGCAAGUUGUUUACAAGCCUUUGUGUCGCAAGAGAGACAUAAAGAUGAUCGGAGCGGCCCUUCAAGAGCCAUCGAGCGUUGUGUGUGAGGUUGACGCUUACCCUGCCCCCGCUACUUUCGAGUGGACGUUGAACAACUCCGCCGGCUUUAUAAAAGUCGAUCCAGAGCGUUUCACUGUCGAAACAAAAGAAGGCAAAUCUGUAUUGACAUUUACCCCCGUAUCUGACGUGGACUACGGAACGCUGUUCUGCCGCGCGUCGAACCUGGCGGGGCAGCAGGUGUCGCCGUGUGUGUACACCAUACUGCCUGCCACUAGGCCAGAGGCACCUUAUAACUGCACUGUUUAUAAUCUAACCGAUGACUCAUUGGAUUUAGUUUGUGUUGCGGGUUACGAAGGUGGCCUCCAAUGUAUGUAUUUAGUAGAAGUAUGGGCUAACGAAGGACUGGUUGUUAAUACUACGAAUAGUAUAGCUUUAUGGAAUCUAAGACGAUUAGGAGCUAAGAGGCACCUACGCUUAAUAGUUUACGCCGUGAACGCAAGAGGAAGAUCAGAACAUGUUACGUUAACCGUAGAAACUGCGCCCAGACUGCCACCUAGGACAGAGGCUCAGGAGGCGUGGGAGGUGAACUGGGCGUUGGGAGGAGUGCUCGGGGCCGCCAUUACCGUGGCUAUAGUGCUGUGCCUUGCCCUCGUUGCCACGAAGUUACGUCAGAGGGCAAGGGAUUAUGAAGUAACCAUACCUUCAUCGAAAACCCACAAGGCGACGCUGAUGCGAGGAUCGCCCAUCGGCGACGAGCGCAACCCAGACUUAAUACCCCUAAGUAAAGGUGUGAACUGUCCGCCUGAUCCACCGCAGUACUCCGCUGUGGUGGCGUCGCCCGAGCCGAAACACUCUGGCAGCGCCCACAGCAUGGUACGCACGUCACCGACAACGCCUAUAUCACAGCACGCUGCUUACGCUGACUCACAGAGUGAAUCUGGUCGAAGCGGUAUCAAUGGCGCGGUGAGGUCGCAUCGAGAGGUGGUUACGACGAGAACGCCUCUACUGGCGGCUCAUCAAGAGAGUUGCGUUUAAACUCAAUAUUAAUAUUAAGUACUCUUUGUUUCUUAUAUGCGUAGUUAAGAUUAAUUUAAGAAUAUUGGAUAAUCUUAUGAAAAUGACAAACUUUUACUUUAAAUGACGUUUAAUAUACACCGUGUAUUUAUUUUUGUAAAAAGUAAUUAAAUGUAUGCAAUAUUUAAUUAUAGCGUUAUUGUAACAUGGGCAUUACAUCUUACUCAACCAAACAAUUGAAAACUGUGACAUAUCAAUGUCAUUCCGGACAUCGAUCGUCCGAAAUGGUACUUACGUUUAGUAGCAAUUGUAUGAACUCGUACUAAACACUAAUCAAUAUCUCAACAGGCCCUAAGGCAAGUGUACACGCUCAUCUCGCCUUAUAAAAUUAAUUAUUGGCUAUCUCUGAAACGGAGUUAAUUAGAAUACUGGUGUCUUUGAGAAAAUUACUUAAUUUAAGCUAAGGGAUGCACCCUUGAAAUUAACGAAAAAAACACGGUGUGUAUGUACUCGGCAAAGUCGAUCCCUGUUUUUUUUUAUUAUUGUAUAGAGUAUCAUACUAAGGGUUUUUUUACACAAAUGAUGUCAAGUUUCUUUUUAUUUAUUCGCAUAUAGGACCCUGUGGUAAACUUUAUUAAUGACAAGGAGACAAAGAACCCCGACUGAAAGAAUCGAUCCCGGGAUAUCAAGUCUCCUAGAUAUGUAGGUUUGUAGGCCAUAUAAUAAACAGAUAUUUAGCGUACUUGGUUUCAAGAUUGUAUAACAUACCCUAUGGUAAUCCAGUACCCCUAGUGUAAAUAAAUUCGAUUUCCAAACGUGACGUACGCGUUUGCGUUUAGUCUCAUUUUGUAUUGAAUUUCGAAAGAGCGCGCCAAGCGGGACGUUUUGGAAACUCAAAAUCCUAUACAAAAUGACACUUAACGCAAACGCGUUCGUCACGUUAUGAUGUCGAUCACAGUUACACUAGGGGUACAGUGUUCAGGGAAGAGGAAAACAUAAUAAUUACUAAACGACUUUAGUAAUGACACCAACGUGAUAUUCUUGAUUUCCACUAAAUCGGCUACGUGAUAUUCAGGGCUCCACUCUCCUAGAAAAUGGGAUUUGACAGAAACUAGAAUGUACCUACGCAGUACCUAAUUCAUGACAAAAUGAAAUAAAACGUGUUAAAACUUCUUUAACUCUGCACUAUAGUAGAGGCCCUCCACAAGGAUUUAAAAACUGGAGACGACUUGUCGGUAAUUUUCUGUACAAAAUAGUCUGCCGAUUUUGCGGGGAAGGGGCACGUCAAAUGUAUGGACAAACGUCAGUCCAGUUUAUCGGACAAAUGUCAGAUAAACAUCAGUCCAGUCAUACGAUACAUAUGACCAUUGGCCGAGGUUUUCGACAGAGGGGUAAGCUCUUAAAUCCUCCAAGGUCCAUACAUAGAAAUAUUCUAUUACACGUUGUGUAUGUACCUACAUUUAUUUACUCGUGAUAUGAUAUAGUAAUGUUGUUGAUUGUUGUAGUAAUUAAUAUCGGUUUGUUAAUAAAAACAAUAUUUAUUUUAAAUACCUAGUAAAGUUAUUCAUUUAUUCGAUGUCUAUUUCAUACUAUUUUGGGGAAAAUUCAAUGACGAAGUCAAAUUAUUAUGUAAGUAUUUAAAUAAAUAUGAAUGUUUGUGUUCUGUUUAAUUAUAUAAUAUGAGUAGAAUAAUCAUGUUUCAAGACAAUGACUGAUAUGAACUCAAAAUGUAAAUACUUUAGAGGAAAAGCGUAGAUAAUAUUUAAGUAUUUCUUCGUAAUGCCACUUGUUUACUAAGAGGGAACAAGUGUGGGCAGGCUCUAAGCUAAAAUAAUUUAUGUCUUAGUGUGUACAUACGAUGAUGUAUAAUUAUAAUACAAUCAUUAAUGAAAAAUUUCACGAAUGAUUCUAAUUUCAAUCGCACUUAUUAUUAUAACAAUGGACGUAUUUUAUUGUACAUAAUAUAAUUUAUUGUAAACGAAACUGGUAAUGUAAAUACAGAUAAAUGGACACGUUUAAUAACUUUUGUUAUAUAUUCAACCAGUCUGUUGUCGUUAAUAGAAAAGAGGAAAUUGAUUUGAAUUAUUAAAAUAGAAAAUUAAAUAUAGGUAUUGAAAUAAAGUACACGCUCAUGAUAACUGCACGGACUGGUUGUCAAAAAAUAUUAAAUGAAUUGCUCAUAAUUACUAGUUACAAUAAAAUUUACUGUAUGCACGAAUGAAAUGAUUUGUUGAAUCCAGUUGCUAUGUCACUGAAAUGAAUAAUGAGCAAGCGAAAACGGUUUUUAUUAAAUGUGAUUAAAAAUGUUAAAAGUAAAUAAUGCUGUUUUUUAAUUCACCUUUAUCUAUAAU